UCUCGAGCGAGAAAGGGCACCAUCGUAUCUCGGAAGCUGCGCUGCUUCGACUCUUUUCUCCCUCUCUUGACUUGUAGCCAUCACAGGACUUUCCAAAACUCCAGAAGUCAUGUCGACGCCAGACACUCCGCCUCCUACAAGCAGCCCCGGCCUGGUCGCCGACCUCGUCUGCCGGACGGUGCUGGCCGUGUUGGCCAACGUCGCCAUCUGGGUGCCGUUCCGGCUGCUGUGGAAGAACGGCGAGUUCGGGGCGACGCUCCUGUGCGGCGUCGUCAUGCUCAUGAACACCAUCUACUUCAUCAACGGCCUCAUCUGGCGCGACGACGACACGGCGAGCUGGUACGACGGCACCGGCUGGUGCGACCUGCAGGCCUACACCAUCCUGCCGCUCCGCACCCUGUACGCGGCCUCCGUCAUGGUCAUCAUGCGCCACCUGGCCCAGCAGCUCAACCUCUCGCGCGUCUCGGGCCUGACGCACGCCGAGAAGCGUCGCCGCAACCUCGUCCAGGCCGCCAUCGUCUUCCCGCUCCCGCUGCUGCAGGUCGCCCUGACCUACCCGCUCCUGCAGACGCGCUACGCCAUCAUGCCGCUGCUCGGGUGCGAGCCGUACCUUGCGUCGAACCCGCUGUCCUUGACCUUUUUCGUCCUCGCCCAGCCCGUGUUCUGCGUGGGGGCUCUGGUAUAUUCUGUCCUGGCGUUCAAACGCUUCCGAGCGAUCAAAAAGACCACCGACGCGGUCCACUCCAACAACAGCAGCGUGGCGUCGAGGGCGAACCGCACCAAGCGCAAGCUCUACGGCAUGACGCUCUCCAUCCUGCUCCCCUACGCGAUCCUCACCUUCGCCUUCCUGUACCGCAACCUCGUGUCCUCGGACACGACGUGGGCCGAGCCGUACAGCUUCUCGGUGGUGCAGGGCAACCCGCUGUGGAACAGGGUGCUCUACGUCACGAGCGCCCAGGCCGGCUUCGGGCUCAUGCAGCUCAACUACGUGGCCGUCGUCACCGCUAUCCCCAUCUUCCUCUUCUUCGGCACCAGCAGCGAGGCCAUCAACACCUGGCGCCGCUUCCUGCUCGCCCUGGGGCUGGGCCGCGUCUUCCCGGGCCUGCAGGAGGAGUACGACCCGGACCGGCCGCGCAAGGGCAGCGGUAGCAGCGCGGGAAGGAACCCGCACUCGCUGCAGUCGUGGGCGGCGUCGACGUUCUCGGCUGACAGGAAGUCGUCUCUGGCCAAGCACCACGAGCAGCCCCUCUCGACCACCUCGCCCAAUCACAGAGGCAGCACCUCCAAGGGAGACGCGGUGCCCCCGUCGGCCGGCGUGGCCUCGACCCACAGCCAGCUCCCCAUCGUCUCGCACGACGACGACGACGACGAGAUCCAACUCCCCCGGCGAGUUCCGUGGCUGUUCCGCACCACCCUGGCGACGCCGCUAAAGAUGCCGCCGCUCUCCUUCCCCAAGUUCGGCAGGCACAAGAGCAACACUCGGCCGUCGCCGGCGCCGGCCACAGCCAUGGCAGCAGACAUCUCAUCCCGCCUAUCCGCAUCUGGAUCUCUUCCAGGCGCUGGGGCUAGCGGCAACCGCGGCCGACCGCUGUCGAGGGACGCCGGCCCGCACGCCGGCCGCCACCAACAGCAGCAGCAGCACCCGGCCACGCGGUGGGAACAGAGCCCCACGGGCUCGGCCGUCGAGACGCGGGUCUGGUCUAGCGAGCCGUCCCCGCAGCGCCCGGCGGCGACGGCAGGCGGCGGCCGCGCGCAGCAGCAGCAGCAGGAGACGGACCAGGAGGCGGACCCGGUCCACCCGGGAGUGCGAGUGCGGACCGACAUCGCGACGCGGUCGCUCCACCGCGCGUCCAUGGGCAGCCUAGACGAGAUGGCCCCGGGCACCAAGAGGGUCGGGGGCUGGGGCGUGUGA